AUGGUGGCAGCGGAAAAUGAUGCGAAAUUCCCAAUAUCGGAGAGAAUGAAUAGUCGACUGCAGAUCCAACCGCCGGCGUACCUGACUAUGGAGGAGACGGGGCAAUUAGCUGAUAACUGGAGACUGUGGCGAACACAGUAUGGAGAUUUUCGUACACUGGCAAGGAUGGACAGCGAAUCCAGUCCCGUACANACGAUUGGUCCGGCUGCUCUGCGUGUCAUAAAUGGAUUCACUUACAGUCCGGAUGAGGACCGUGCAGAGUGGCAGGUGGUGAUGACGAAGAUGGAACAGUACUGUCUUGGCGAAUCCAAAGAGACUUACGAACGAUACAUUUUCAACCAGAGGAGACAGCAGCAUGGUUAG